AUGCACAAGCCAACCUUCCAACGUCAGCACGGCGAUCUCAAACAUCGAAGGCAGCGGACGAAGCAGGUUCCAGAACGUGUCCGGUAUCCAGCGACCAUCGGGGGCGCCUCUCGCAUCCUGGUGUGGACACGCCUGUUCCUGGCUGACGGCUGCCAUCCUCAGUAUGGCAUCGUCCUGGACGCUGGUUCCUCCCACACGUCCAUGUUUGUCUACAAGUGGCCGGCAGACAAGGAGAACGACACAGGCAUUGUGGGUCAGCACAGCUCCUGUGACGUUCGAGGUGGGGGCAUUUCCAGCUAUGCAGACAACCCUUCCGGGGCCGGCCAGAGUCUGGUCGCAUGCCUCGAACAAGCGCUUCGGGACGUGCCCACAGAGAGACACGCAGGCACGCCCCUCUACCUGGGCGCCACAGCGGGCAUGCGCCUGCUCAACCUGACCAAUCCAGAGGCCUCAGCCAAUGUGCUCGCGGCAGUGAUGCGGACACUGGCUCAGUACCCCUUUGACUUCCGCGGCGCCCGCAUCCUCUCGGGCCAGGACGAGGGCGUGUUUGGCUGGGUGACGGCCAACUACCUGCUAGAGAACUUCAUCAAGUACGGCUGGGUGGGCCGGUGGUUCCGGCCGCGGAAGGGAACGCUGGGGGCCAUGGACCUGGGGGGCGCCUCCACUCAGAUCACAUUUGAGACAGCCGGUCCAGUGGAGGAUCGAGCCAACGAGGUCCGGCUGCGGCUGUACGGCCAGCACUACCGGGUCUACACGCACAGCUUCCUCUGCUACGGCCGCGACCAAGUCCUCCAGCGGCUGCUGGCCAGCGCCCUCCAGACCCACGGCUUCCACCCCUGCUGGCCGAGGGGCUAUGCCGCCCAAGUGCUGCUUGAGGACGUCUACAAGUCACCAUGCACCGUGGCCCAGCGGCCCCAGACCCUCAAUGGCAGCGCCAGGGUCAGCCUGUCGGGCAGCAGUGACCCCGCCCUCUGCCGCGACCUGGUCUUGGGACUUUUCAGUUUCUCCUCCUGCCGAUUCUCUCGAUGCUCCUUCGACGGGAUCCCCCAGCCCCCCGUGACCGGGAACUUUAUUGCCUUCUCUGCGUUCUUCUACACCGUGGACUUCCUGAGGACUGUGAUGGAGCUGCCCGUGGCCAGCCUGCAGCAGCUGGAGGUGGCCGCAGUGACCGUGUGCAGCCAGACCUGGGCUGAG